GGGCUUGUAGUGAUGUCUACUGAACUGGAAGAAGUGGUAAACAGCAUUCUGAAAGGCAAAAUUCCAGGACUAUGGAUGAGUAAGUCUUACCCAAGCCUCAAGCCUCUGGGCAGCUAUGUGACUGACUUCCUUAAUAGACUGAAGUUCGUACAGCUGUGGUAUGAAAAUGGAAAUCCACCAGUCUUCUGGAUUUCAGGAUUCUUCUUCACUCAAGCGUUCUUAACAGGUGCCCAGCAGAACUAUGCCAGAAAAUACACCAUUCCAAUAGACCUACUAGAAUUUGACUAUGAAGUGCUGGAAGAUAAGGAAUAUGAAAUUGCUCCUGAAGAUGGGGUCUACGUUCAGGGAUUGUUCUUGGAUGGAGCACGCUGGAACAGGCAAACUAAGAAGCUAGGAGAAUCUCAUCCAAAAAUCCUCUAUGAUACAGUACCUGUGAUAUGGCUAAAGCCAUGUAAGAGAGCAGACAUUCCACAGCGACCCAGUUACCUGGCCCCAGUGUACAAGACCAGUGAGAGAAGAGGGAUCCUGUCAACUACAGGCCAUUCCACCAACUUUGUCAUCGCAAUGACUCUCCCUUCAGACAAACCGCAAGAACACUGGAUCAGACGGGGUGUGGCGUUACUAUGUCAGCUUAGCUCAUAAACCUAUCACAAUUUAUGGAGGUAGGUGCGUUUUCCAGAUCACUUAUAAGGGAUGUGCAUCAGUCCUGAAAUGCCACGUAAAAGAGAAAUCA